AUGGCACCCUGUGGAGAUCCACCGCGUUCAACUGUUGCCCCGUCGCAGCAGGAGCGGCGGAUCCAAGCGCUCAAGGCCGAGCAGGAGCGGUUGGAGGAAGAGAUCGAAAAGCUCAAGUACGACCUGGAGCACGAGCGCGAUGAGGACAUCACACACGCGCAGCCUACGGAAAAGCCCGCCGGCCGCCUCGUGCUGGGCCUCGACGUCGGCACCACCGGCGCCAAGGCCUUCAUCUACGACGAACGCGCGAAUUGCAUUGCAGACUCCUACAAAGAGCUGACGCCCAUCCGUGAUGAACCGGGCCAGGAAGAGCAGUGCCCACAGAACCGGUUCUCCGCGGAACGACCAACGUUGUGGUGCCGUGGCGACAUUUGCGCCAUGGGCGUCACCACCCAGCGCAACACGCUCAUUCUCUGGGACAAAGAGACAGGAGAGCCGCUCUGCAAUUUCGUCACCUGGCAGGACACCCGAACGGCCAAGUACUGCCGCCAAUUGAACGAUGCUCUCGCCUGUCGAGGGAUACGAUCGGCGGCGACUGUGGCGUACCGGAUGACGCACAAGGUGAAGUAUGCGCUCGCCAAGAACUACCACUUCCAGCCGACACACAUCACGCCUCGGCUGGCAUGGAUGCUGCAGCGCCUGCCCAACGACAAGAAGCAGUACAUCAAACAAGGCCGCCUCCUCUUCGGCCUCGUCGACAGCUACCUCAUCUGGAAGUUCACCGGAGGAGCAGUGCAUGCGACGGAUUACAGCAAUAUAUCGAGCACGGGCUUGUGGGACGUGUUUGUGAUGAACUGGAACACGACCAUCACCAACAUGUGCAGGAUUCCGCUGUCGAUCAUGCCCGAGAUUCGACCGUCUUCGGGCGACUUCGGGGAGACGGUGCCGGAGAUCUUCGGCGCUUCGAUCCCCAUCAGGGCCAACUGCGCGGACCAAGGCGCUGCCCUGUUCGGGGAUGCUGCUUCUCCGUUGGCGAUGCCAAGGUCACCGCCGGCACUGGGUGCUUCCUCGACGUCAACACUGGCACUGGUUCCGAUCGGCUCGCCGGACGGGCUGUACCCCUUCGUGGCGUGGACCAUCGGCGACAAGACCACCUUCAUGAUGGAGGGCCUCGCCUCCACGAUCGGCACCGUCGUCAACUGGUCGCGCAACCACCUGGGCAUAUUCGACGAGGAGGAGGAGACGUCGGCCAUCGCCUCGUCGGUGCCGAGCACGGAGGGCGUCUACUUUGUGCCGGCCUUCAGCGGACUCGGCGCGCCGCAGAGCGACGGCGGCGCACGCGGGGUCAUCGUCGGCCUCUCGGCCACCACCACCAAAAGCCCAUAUCGUGCGCGCCAUGCUCGAGGGCAUCGCCUACAGUAUCAGCGACUUGAUGGAGCUGGCGGAGGCGGUGGCCAUUCUGCCCGAGCAGCCCGUGAGGAUCAACGGCGGCCUCGUGCAGAACGACUUCCUCUGCCAGUUCCUGGCCGACAUCCUCGACAAGCCGCUCAACCGGCCCCGCAACCCCUCGCGUGCGACGGCGGCGGGCAUUGUCUUCCUGGCCGGGCUGGCGGCGGGCGUGUGGAGCGGAACGGACGAGCUGGAGGGGCUGCGCAAGAGCGAGUGCGUCUUCAUGCCCUCCAUGGAUCCCGACACCCGAAUGGCCAUGAUCCGCGGCUGGAAAUGCGCCACCAUCAGCAAGGGUUGAAUUGGCCGACAGAUCGCUGUCAUCGAGCAAGCUCCGCAAGAUGA